AUGGCUUAUGCUGCUGUGGUGUCUCUUAUCCAGACUCUAGACCAGUUUCCUUCAGAUCAAUUUUCAUCUUCUCAUCAAGAAAUAUCACUCUUUAAAUGUCUCCACACCAAGGCCCACACCUUGCUAGUUCUUCUCCAAAAAAAAUUCCAAACCGGAGCAAACGAGCUUGAAGCCCAAAUCCGAGAAGUGGUGUACGAAGCAGAAGACGCCGUAGAAUCCCACGUCUCGACCCGUUACCUCCAGCCCGAAUCCGUGGAAAGCUCCCCUGCAGCUGCCGAGAUCUUCACUCACAAAUUGCAAGUGCUGUUGCAAGAAUUGGAAUCUAUCGAGAAAAGGCUAACUGCCAUAGGAUCCGACCGGGUUGACCAACGGCCAGAGAUGACCGGGCCACGAUCCGGCCCGUUAGUGGCCAGCACGAACAAGCUGCUUGUCGGGCUCGAAAACGAGCUGUCCCGGUUGAAAGGCAAGCUAGUCGGGGAAUCUUCCCGACUGAAUGUGGUGGCCGUGGUCGGGAUGGCCGGCAUCGGCAAGACCACACUCGUCGACCGGGCUUUCCAUGACCCGUCGAUCGGGAGGUUCUUCCACUACAGAGCCUGGGCAAAUGUGGGCCCGGGCCGCGACCCGCGGGAAGUCAUUGCGGAGCUCCUGGGGCCCACGGCUUCGAAGUUCAGCCAGGAGAGCAGCUACAGCCAGCUGACGGAGUUCAUGUUUCGGAACCUCAAGGGCAGAAAAUACCUGAUCGUGCUCGACGGCUUGACCGAAACCGAGGCGUGGGACGACCUGAAGAGCCUGUUCCCGAACGACGACAACGGGAGCCGGGUCGUGCUCACGACCCGGCUGAGGAAAGUGGCUCUCCACGCGUCCGGAUCUAUCCGGAACAUUCACGAGACGAGCUUCUUGGGCAUCGAGGAGUGCUGGAAUCUGCUGCGCAACAUCGUGUUCGACGGGAAGGAGUGCCCGCCCGAGCUCAUAAAGGUGGGCAAGGAAAUUGCCGAGAACUGUCACGGACUACCUCUCACGAUCGUCCUCGUUGGCACCAUGCUAUUUGGUGCCGAGAAGAGCCUCGCGUACUGGGAAAGAGUCGCGGAUGGCCCGAUAUCGGCUAUUUACGAAAGCAACGAUGUCCGGCUGACGUCGGCCAUGCAGCUUCUGAACGACGACAGCAUGCCUCAGCAUCUGAAAGCCUUCUUCAUGUAUAUGGGCUUGCUCCCCUCGAACCACGAGAUACCCGCCUCAAAGCUCGUUAGGUUGUGGAUUUCUGAGGGAUUCGUGGAGUGGAGUGGGCCGGAAUCUCCGGAGGAUGUGGCCGAGGAGCGUCUGGAGGAGCUCUUCAACAGGAGCCUCGUCUUGGUUCACAAGCGGAAAUCGGCUGGCGGGAUUAAAACCUGCAGCAUCCACUCUGCCGUGUGGCAUCUGUGUGUCAAUGCUGCUGAGAAAGAUGGGUUCUUUUGUGCCGUCACUCGUUAUACAAAGGGGAGGAAGGCUUCUCUGCCUACUACUGCAAGAAUUGGCCGCCGGCUUUGCAUACGGAAGAACAUCCUUCUUUCAAUCAAGGACGUCAAUCGUGCCAUGUUGUCGGUCUCGAAAGCCCGCUCUUUUCUCUGCAGUGGUCGGGACCAUCCGUAUCCUUUAGCCGUUUGCUCGGAUUUCGGUUUGCUCAGGGUACUUGACGUGCUCUCCAUACGCUUCUACGAGUUCCCCACGGAAAUACUAACAUUAGUCCAGUUACGAUACCUUGCGCUCACGUGCAGCGAAAUCCCACCUUCAUUGUCCGAGCUACGAAACCUCCAAGUCCUGAUUAUGCGUCGCCAUACAAGGAUCAAAGCCUCUGGAGCUGGCCCGUCGUAUUUUCAGAUGUGGAACAUGAGACGCUUGAGGCAUCUCGUGGUAGAGGGCGGCGACCUUCCACAUCCACAUGGCGCGGUCCUCAUGGACCUAUUGACUCUUUCGAAUGUGACGAGCCAUAGUUGUGGUGAGGACGUGCUGAGAGGAACUCCGAACCUGAAGAAAUUAGGAGUUUGCAUUGAGGUGUCGGAGCACGAUCACGCUUCUGAUCCCUCGCGCGUUUUCGACCAUCUGGCGAUUCUCGACCGGCUGGAGUCGUUCAAAUGCGCGGUCGUGAACCCGAGUCGCCGUUCGAUGGCAGUCGAGCGGCCUGACUCUGUCUCAAACUUCCCAGGCGCGUUAAAGAAACUGACGCUGAGCGGAUGCCGAUUCCCAUGGGAGGACAUGAGGAUAAUCGGCAAGCUGCCGAGGCUCCAAGUGCUUAAAUUGGGAUGCUACGCGUUUGAAGGGCCCGUUUGGGAAGUUGAGGAGGACGAGUUUAGGGAUCUAAGGUUUCUGCAGCUGGAGGACUUGGACUUGGAGGAUUGGUCGGGCGGUGGCCUGAUUCUGAAGAGGCUCGAGCGCCUGAUCGUUAGGCACUGCUACAGGCUGAGGGAGAUUCCUGAGGGCAUUGACUACAUCAUAUAUUUGCAGGUGGUGGAGGUAGUUGACUGCAGCCCGUCGUUCGUGGGGUCGGCCAUGAGAGUGAAGGAGAUGCAGCAAGACAUGUCGAAUGAUGACUUUCAAGUUGUGGUCGAGUCGUCUUGGAAGGAGAAGAGCAGCAGGCCACGUUAUUCCUCUUUCCAGGCUUGA